AUGGAAAAGAGACCUGACUCUCCACCGAGCGAAGCUGGAGUGAACGUUGAGCAACCUAGCAACGCCGCUCUCAAUGUCAGCCCCAGAUGCGACAUUCCCGCUUGGAAAUGGAUUUCCACAUGCGUUGCGUUGUACUUGGGAGCUCUUCUUUACGGCCUUGACACGACAAUUGCCGCUGAUGUCCAAGCGCAAGUCUACGAAGACUUGGGACAUAUUGAGAACCUGCAAUGGAUUGGCCUUGGAUUCCCAAUGGCAUCUGCUGCGACCAUCCUGACGUUCACCCGAGCAUAUGGACUGUUCAACGUGAAGGUCCUACUUAUACUAAGCGUUUUCGUGUUCGAGGUUGGUAGUGCCCUCUGCGGUGCUGCACCCACUUCCAGUUCCUUGAUCGUCGGUCGAGUGAUCGCGGGUAUUGGUGGAGCAGGGAUGUAUCUCGGUGCUCUGACCUACAUAUCCAUGUUCACCACAAGAUCGGAAGCCGCCGUAUAUAAUGCUCUGAUUGGGCUCAGCUGGGGCGUGGGAUCCAUCCUCGGGCCGGUGGUUGGUGGGGCGCUCUCCGUGAGCAACGCAACCUGGCGUUGGGCCUUCUAUAUCAACCUUCCGCUCGCGGGCAUUCUCUCUCCUGUAUACAUCUUCGUCUUUCCCUCGCGCAAUCCUCGGCCUGAUCUGACCAACAAGGAGAAGCUCGCCAGCGUCGACUGGGUCGGAGCAAUGCUUAACGCUGCCGUCUUCGUGAUUUUCACGACCACCCUUAGCUUCAGCGGUUCGACAUACGCCUGGAAUUCUGCGGAAUCCAUCGCUCUCUGGGUUGUGCUCGGGGCUUGUCUGAUCGCGUACGUCGUGCAACAAGCCUUCUCGAUCUUUACAACCGACGAGAACAGGAUCUUUCCCGUUCAUUUUCUCAGAUCGCGCACGCUCGUCCUGUUAUAUGUUGCCACCGGUGGUGCAGGCGCCGCGCAAGCCAUCACACUCUAUUACACCCCGCUGUUCUUCCAGUUUACCCGGGGCGAUUCGGCGCUGCGUGCGGCCGUCCGCCUUCUGCCUUUCAUCUGCACCUACAUCUUCUUCGUGAUGGCUGCAGGCGGCUCGCUUCCCGUCGUCGGCCGAUACAAUCUGUACUACCUUGUCGGCGGCGGUCUCAUCGUGGCCGGAGGCGCGUUGCUCUUUGCGAUUAGCACAACUACAUCCAGCGGCCGGAUCUACGGGUGUGAGAUUCUCGUAGCGGCAGGGCUUGGUUUAGCUUGGCAGAACGCGUACUCCGUCGGUACGGCCAAAGUCUCCUCCCCCAAGGACGUGCCGAAAGUCAUCGGCUUUAUCAACCUCGCGCAGCUUGGCACCAUUUCAAUCUCCCUCGCAAUUGCAGGAUCGCUGUUUCAGAACCUGGGAUUUCAUGAGCUCAAAAACGCCUUUGCGGAUUCGAGUCAGGGGUUCCCCGAUGACUAUAUACGAUCGGCUCUGGCCGGUCGUAUAUCUCCAGUGUUCUCCUCCGCUGAUCAAGGCAUCAUUCAUGUUGCCAUCGUGGCUGUCGCGGAAACCAUUCGAAAAAUAUUUGGGCUAGUUGUGGCGGCGGGAGCGUUGGUGACGGUGAGCUCACUGCUGAUGAGGUUUGAGAAGAUAAAUCUGGUCGUUGCUGCUGGUGGCUAA